UCGCCUCGCCGUCUGUUGCCCCGGUGAUGAUGACGCUACACAGCUUCAUCAGAUUAGCCAGUCUCACAUUUAGCUAAAAGCGGUGGGAGAUUAUUGAACUUUAUUAAAAUAACCCUUGGCAGUGAUAACCUGCAGUUAUGGCUUCUGUUUUAGAUGCUCUCUGGGAAGACAGGGAUGUUAGAUUCGAUAUAACAGCGCAGCAGAUGAAAACUCGUCCUGGAGAGGUGCUGAUAGAUUGCCUGGACUCAAUUGAAGACACGAAAGGAAACAACGGAGACCGAGGACGACUCUUGGUAACAAAUCUGAGAAUCAUUUGGCAUUCUCUGGCCCUGCCAAGAGUCAAUUUAUCUGUGGGUUACAACACCAUCAUUAACAUCACAACAAGGACAGCUAACUCAAAACUACGAGGCCAAACCGAAGCUCUCUACAUCUUAACAAAGUCCAACAACACAAGAUUUGAGUUCAUAUUUACAAAUGUGGUUCCAGGAAGUCCAAGACUCUUUACUUCUGUCAUUGCUGUACACAGGGCUUAUGAGACUUCUAAAAUGUACCGGGACCUGAAAUUGCGAGCUGCUCUUAUUCAAAAUAAGCAGCUUCGACUCCUGCCCCGGGAACAAGUGUAUGAUAAAAUUAAUGGAGUUUGGAAUUUAUCCAGUGAUCAGGGUAACCUUGGAACCUUCUUUAUUACCAACGUACGGAUUGUGUGGCAUGCUAAUAUGAAUGAGAGCUUCAAUGUCAGCAUUCCUUACCUCCAGAUUUGGUCGAUCAGAAUAAGAGACUCAAAGUUUGGUUUGGCUUUGGUCAUUGAGAGUUCCCGCCAGAGCGGAGGUUACGUGCUGGGGUUUAAGAUUGAUCCAGUUGACAAGCUUCAGGAUGCACUCAAGGAAAUUAAUUCCUUGCACAAGGUAUACUCUGCCAACCCCAUCUUUGGAGUGGACUACGAAAUGGAAGAAAAGCCCCAGCCAUUGGAAGAGCUCACAGUGGAACAGCCUCCUGAUGAUGUGGAAAUUGAGCCUGACGAGCAGACUGAUGCUUUCACUGCCUACUUUGCUGAUGGCAAUAAGCAACAAGACCGCGAGCCGGUUUUCUCAGAGGAACUCGGCCUCGCCAUUGAAAAGCUGAAGGAUGGAUUUACGCUUCAAGGACUGUGGGAAGUAAUGGGCUGAAAUAACACAGUACAUGUGCUUACUUUAUAUACGUAUUGUGUUUAUAAAGACAACAAGUAUGCUUAUUUAUAGGUCAAGUUAAAAGGUGUACAGUUUACUCCAGUAAAUUUAAAGUUGUAUUUUUUUGUGUUGAUUGAAUAAAACAUUUGUAUAGUGACAGGAAUGUAAAAUAAAAAAGUAGAUGUUGUGGAGCAAUUCAUUAAAAAAACAUCUCAUUAAUACUUCAUCAAAUAGCUACAGUAGCUUUGUACUGUGUCUCAUUUUUACUGUAUGUAGAAGGAACACAAUGAUCUCAGGCUAAACCCAAACUAUUUAAAAAAUGCUAAAAGAGGACGAACUGUCACCCGCUGAGGCAGCAGCUGUUCACUGACCCUGUCUGCUUGUCAGGUAACGCCUCUGUGAAUGUCCUGAACAUAAAUACUGAAUCCCUCACUGUUGGGAAGUGGUCAUUACUAUCAUGAGCUGUGACUCAUUCAACACGUAGAUGUCGCCAGAAGCUGUAGCAGAUGCCAGACACGUGUAAAUACAUAAAAUAUGUGUGAAAAAGGGUUGAAAAAUCUGCUGUUUUUUGUGAAAACUAUGUGUUUUAUUCUAUCAGAAAGAAAAGGCUAAAUUAAAUGAAUAAAUCAAGUUA